AUGCAGAAAGUAACUCGUGAAAAACCACUGCAUAUGCUGAGGCAAACGUGGUCAAAAUUUGAAGAUUCAAAUUCAUCGCGUUUCAAGCAAAAUUUAAAAUGGGUUCAUCCAAAAGAUAGAAUUCCGGAAUGGAAAAUAAAAGUUGAUGAUAUAGUAAAAAUUAUCUCUGGUAAAACAAAAGGCCAAGUUGGUAAAGUGAUCAAAGUGGAUAAAUGGGCGAAUAGAGUCUUUGUUGAUAAUGUGAACUUUAGUAAAAAAACACCAAGAACCGAAUAUGAGACAGAGGAUUUUGAUCCAUCAAGCAUUGAGAAAACUGGUUCUUGGUGGAUGAGGAAAACUUUAAGAGCAAUUCAUGUAUCGAAUGUUUCUCUCAUACAUCCUGAACAUAUAAAACCUUUUGAAGAGGGAUCUAUCCCAGAAAAAGAUGUGUAA